AUGGGAGAUAAUCGUUUAACAACUCCAAAUUGCCAUCGAACUAACCGUGUAGACAAGAAAAAUAUCGUAAGAGAUUAUUUGGACUUUUUAAAGAAACCUAAAUACAGAUCACGAAUGGUCAGUCCUUCUGGUAAUUCUAAGAGAAGUCCUAUAUCAAGUCGCUCACCUAAAAUCAGAUGCUCUGUAGAGCCGAACAUUUUUCGAGAUCCCAACCACGAAUACGCCAAUAAAUUCACAAAAUUCAUAAAAAACGCUUUAAACAAUAUUUCCUCUCGCAGAGAAUCUCCUAUUGAAGAAAAGUUAAAAUCAAAAACUCCAGUGGAAAUCAAAAUAACUACAAAACCAGGACACAGAAGAAAUAAAUCAGAAGUACCAAGUUCAGACCAAAAUAAUUUCAUAAAUCCUUAUUCAAUUAAAGGAAAACAAAACGAUAAAAUUUCCCCCAAAAAUACAUCCCAGGACUGUGUUAGUGAUAAAUUUUUCAAUGAUUCUCAAGAAAAAACUUUGAAAAAUGGGUUUAUAAGAAAUGACUUACCCAAUUCAAACGCAAGCUUAGGAUCAAGCUUUGAAAGAGUUGAAAUCUCGAAGCUAGAGGCUGAAGAAAAAGAAAGAGAAAAUUUAAUUCAAACGAUUUUUACAAAUUUCAGAAGAAAAGGCUUACCGCCAGCUACUUCUGUAGACUUUUAUCAGCUUGGUAUCCAAAUAGGUAAAGGUGCUUUUGGCAAAGUUUAUUCAGGAAUCCAUAAAUUAACUGGACUUAAAGUAGCAAUCAAAAUUUUCGAUAAAUCCCAUAUAAAAGAUGAAAGAAUUCGGCGGAAAGUUUUCCAAGAAGUUUUCGUAAUGAAAAGAGUUAAGCAUAGAAAUGUUAUUCGAUUAUUAGAAGUUUUCGAAUCAAAAAGGCAUUUAAUGAUUGUGAUGGAAUACUCUGGAGGUGGAGAUUUAUUACAAUUUGUUAAAUCCAAAGGCAGACUGACUGAAACAGAGGCCAAAAAAAUUUUUAGCCAAGUUAUAGAUGCGGUUAAGGCUUGUCAUCAAAAAAAUGUGAUUCAUAGAGAUGUAAAAUUAGACAAUAUUUUGCUGUCAGCUGAUUUAACAUUAGCAAAGUUAUGUGAUUUUGGGGUCAGCCGAAUUGUAAAACCUAGUGAAAAAAUAAAUGAGCAGUGCGGAACACCUGCAUAUUUACCUCCAGAAAUUAUUGCUGACCAUGAGUAUGAGCCUUUUUAUGUUGAUCUCUGAAGCAUGGGAGUUUUAUUAUAUGCCAUGCUCUGUGGUACAGUCCCUUUUAAAGCAAAAACAAUGCAAGACCUACACAAAUUAAUUUUGCGCUGUAAAUAUACCAUGCCUGCACAUGUAUCUUUGGAAGCCCAAGAUUUAAUAGCAAAAAUGUUAAACCCCAUCCCACAUUUACGAAUUUCUUUAGAAGAAAUGAAAAAUCAUCAAUGGUUUGCUAUCCAAGAGUCAGAUGACUGGUAUGAAAAUCAUUCAUUGCCAAGGUUCUCAGGUACCUCUGCACAUCCACAUAAGGUUGAUGAAAACAAAAUAUAUAAAAAACUGCUAGAUUUUGGCUUUCCACAAGAAUACGUAAUUCAAAGCAUGAAAUUUAAUGACAUAAACCAUGCUACUGCUACAUAUCAACUUUUAGAACUUAAUCAGAUGUAA